GUCUGAGACGAGGCUGACUGUUGAGUAAUAGCUCGAAGGAAUUCAGCUACUUAACCUGCGGGGAAGGACUGAACAGAUUACAUCAUAAAAAUUAUUUUCUCUUGCAAGGUAAGGUGACUGAAAACCUCCCUUAAAACCCCUUUUGUUAAUAUAAGUAAAAGACAAACUCCAAAAAUUCAAGGAAUACGAAAUUGGCGAUAUUUAGGUGUUAGAGACUGAUAUGAGUGCUGAAUUAACAGAAAACAAACAAUAGCCGUGCAGUGAAAGAGUAAAAGAGAAUUCUUCUGGACGGUAACCUUCCCUAAUUUGGAAACGUUCUUUGCAGAGAAUACAAAGGGGCAAAAGCAGAAAGUUCAAUUUCCAUAGAAAGAAUCGUUUGGUCAGGCAAUAAACUCACUGAGGAAAAUACUGGGCGAAGUAUCGCUAUUGUUAAAGACAAGGAGUUAGAACAAAAAAUGGAAUUAGUAACAAAUACUGUAAAAUGCAAAGAACUAAAUCCGUCCGGAGUGUCCGAGUUUAAGGUGAUUAGAUGGAAGAGCCCAAUUAUGCCAACAAAUAGCAGCAACACUCAGGUCUGGAAUAAAUGUUAACGGCUUCCGGCCUUGAGAAAGGCCUUGAGAACUUAAUUGAGAGCGAAUGUAUUUUUUAAUGUCCUAAAACCUCUUUUUUUCUGAGUUAGGGCGAUAUGUUUAAGAACACCAACAGCGAAGGCGUCGUGUCGUGUUUAAGAACGUAAACAACAAACUAAAAUUCCAGGGUUUACACAUUAAAAUGCAACACGCGAUACAUAAAUAUGCACCAGGAAAGGAAUUUGAUUUUUUCCCCUUGCAUACUAAUACUAACCCCCUUCGCACUGAUUAAUUAACGGUUUAUUUGGCCCUCUUUUCCUUUGUUACAAUCAAACCUUCGAUUGUGUUUGAAGACUGUUGAUUUGGAAAUUAUGAGAUAUAUAGCCCCCCCACCUCUCCAAUACAAAGGACAAAUGAAUGUCCAGAUCCUCUCGAUCGGAUCUCAAGGUUGACCACUAAGAUAAAGCAACGAAAGGAUUGGAAUUACCUCUUUUUCAAAUGUCAACGUCAAAUCUUAAAGCUGUUUCUCCAAGCUAUUGAAGGUUCAGGAAAACUGAGGAAGGCAGAUGUAAACAAUUAUAGAAGCAUACGGUUUUCAGUUUCAUUCCUGAUCAGUUUCUUUCAAUAUCUUAUUUUUAGAGGACUGAACACGCACAUACAAGCUUGAAGUAUUAUGGCGGUAAGUUGAAUGUAAUAUGUUCCCUGAUUCUUGAAUCCAGAGUCUUGCUACAAAAAGGUUAAUUUAUAUUCAAGUUGCUUGUCCUUUUCUUCAUUUUUUUACUCUUUCAUUCACGUGUGUUCGGUGAUGAACAGUAUAUUUUAUAUACGCAUAAUACUGAUAUUACUAUAGUAAGAACCCGGGUGGUCUAAGCUGUCAGAAAUUUGCUAUUUUAACAACCAAAAUACUAACAUAAGAGCUGUACCUGUUUAGCCAAGCAAGAUCAAGAAAGUUCUUUUUUGUGACAUACAGUUAAAUAGACCUUGUCACGGUUUUCGACGCCAUCUUGACGAGUAGGCAAACAUGUGAGAAAUUACAUUGUUUGUAUGAGAAUCUAAAGUCAAAUAAUUUCAACGGCUGUUCUGAAAAAAAAAUAUGACUUGUAAAUUAAAGCUACAAAACAAAGGAUUGUACUAAAAAAAAUUUUGGGACCUACCUGUGCUUAAAUUUUUCCAGAGGCUUGCUUUAGAUUUUCAAUAUACUUGUCUGUAAUUUUUCGCCGGACUUUCUUAUAGACAAAUGUAUAGAAAAUUUUAAAAAGUAGUUCUAGGUCUCCUAGCGCACGUAACGCCCUCAAUUUGUUUCAGUUGAAUCCUUAGGAGUGAAGCUUUAGUUUACAAGUCAUAUGUUUUUCAGAACAGCCGUUCUACGGAAAUUAUUCGACAUUAGAUUCCCAUACAAACACUAUAAUUUCGCACGCGUUUGCCGACUCGUCAAGAUGACGUCGACAACCGUGACAAGGUCUAUUAUGAUAAACAUUUUAACCACGGAGUUUGACCUUGAGAUUGGAAAUUUUAUAGCAGUCUUAUAUAAGAAAAUACAAACCGAAUUUAAGAAUUAAUCCUCGUAGGCUGAAUUGCAAAUCACUUCUUGCCUUGUUGAUGAACGCUUGAUUGACAGGCGUUCGAAAGCGGUGAAGAGAAUUCGGGUACACUGUAAACGUUAGGCGGAUGACUAUUUCGAGUUACCGACGUAGAAGAAGGAGUCUUUACCAUUACCUUUUUUUGAAAGGUAAAGACGAAAAUCAAUUGAGGUCGGCUGCGUCUUGACGUAAUAUAUCAAGCAUGAGAUGCAGUGUUUCAUCCUCAGAGGAAAACUGAAAAUACGACGCGCAGUUUGAGGUGUUUCAUUUGGUGAUGAAACACUGUGUCGACUGCUUGAUAUUACUUCUCAGACAAAAUGAUUAUAGAGGGAGAAAUUAAGGAUGCAAAACUGAGCAGUUUUUCAUCUGAUUUCCAAACACUCAAUAAACAUUAAUUUGCUUUCAAUUGUAUUUUCUUCGUGAAUUAUUAAUGAAUUUGAGAAGAUAUUUAUCUAACUCCUUCAUUUCAGUUUUUAUUAUGCAGGGCCAAACAUCAUUUUUUCUUUAUCUUUAUACAUUUAAGCUGGUUGAAGACUUGCUACGAGAAUUCUGGAAGGAACAUUUUGCUGAUGGAAACUAUUGUCCUAUUGUCCAAGGUCGUACCCAAGAUAUAAAGUUGUUUACCCUGAUGACAAAGCAACCUCGGGGGUCUGUCCUGGAACGUCCAUUUAAACACCAUAAGUACACAAUUCUUGCAGGAAUGGAAAAGUUUGUAGUUGAGAACGGCAAAGAAGAAUUUGAAGCCUUGAAGAACAAAUUUGUUAAGAAAGAAGAUCCUGGAAUAAGACUAGAUGAGGAGGAUGGUACAGGAGCUGCAAGGUAAAUUACAUCGCUGCUACAUAACGCCGAAGAAUUUGUAUAGAUAAUAGGAUGAUUUGUAGUGAUAUGUAUAGGAAAAAGCAUGAUUUCUAGUGAGUAUGCAUGCUAGGUAAUACCUAGUAUACAUAUCACUACAAAUCUUUCUAAUAGCAUGAUUUGUGGUGAUAUUUGGCAUAAAUACCACGAGCGAUAUGUCGAAAUUGUUAUACGUAAUUUCACGAGCCGUUAGGCGAGUGAUAUUUGAGACAAUUUUGAAACAUUACGAGUAGUAUUUUUGCCAAAUAUCAUGUACAAAUUAUGCUAUUAUUUGUGCAUACUACCACGUUCAAAGGGUUUAUAAUUUCACAUGUAGGUAUUUCAAAUUAAGCUGAAAUACCACUGCUCUAAGCCAGUCAAAUUGCAGAAAUUUCUGAUGUAGAAGUAUAAUUGGCCUAAAUACCACGAAUGAUAUUUGUUAUACGUGAAAUUUGAGACAAUUUUGAAAUAUCACGAGUGGUAUAUAUAUUGGUAUUGGUGCCAAAUAACACCUACAAAUCAUGCUAUCAUUUGUUUAUACUACUACUCACAAAAGGUUUUGUAAUUUUUAUGAUCACAUGUAGGUAUUUCGAAUUAAGCUGAAAUACCACUGCUCUAAGCCAAUCAAAUUGCAGAAUUUUCUCAUGUAGUAGUAUGAAUAAAAGUAAUAGCACUAUCUUCCAGUUACAGUUUUAUAUCAAUCAUUUAUAACAAGAAAGGAAAAUGGGACAGAGAGAGAAUCUUAGGGUGUUGGGCAGGAUAUGUGAAUUUUACCAAAGUUAUUUUUAGAGGUUGUAAUUAAACGGAAGUUGAAUUCCUGGGACUUCCGCACAUUGAUAACACUGAAUAAACGUUUGAGGUUCUGGCCGGUAAACCAACUUCCGAUAUGCGAUUGGUUUCAAGCGUUUGUUUGGUCUUUCUUUGUGUGAACACCUUUUUCCCUGUAUGUCCCAUUAUUGUUUUUUUAUUUCAAUAUAACGAUUUUUUAUCAGGUCAACGCCCUCAAUGCCUUUCAAAAUUUCAAAUUGUUAUUAAGUAUAAGAAGCCGACUAGUAAAGGCUAGAUUUUGUAACUCGGUGACAUCUAAAAACAAUGUAACUGCGCUAGUUACUACAGCUAGUAGAUUCGGGAAGGUUCAUUUUUAUUAUUUAUUGCUAUUUUCUUACUUUGAAUUAUGCUUAAUUCUUUAUAAUCAUCAUAAAAAAGAGUUACCUCCAUGUAAACGUGUCAAAAAAUUCCCUGUACUUAGGCAGUUUCAGAAUUGGCGUCUAAAUGCCAUUAUUUUGUGUUUUUGUAAUUCAGAAUGGUAGAAAUGGAAACCCAGGCUGCUGACUGCGUCAAUGCAGGGAUUAGAAUGAAAAAAGAUCUGGGAUUCUUACAUCUAGGGAAAAUUGAUCAGGAGUACAUACAGGACCCGGACUUAAGUAAAAUAUUGGAAAAAACAGUCCUGGAUAGUAAUAAAACAGGAGUGUUUGAAGGCCAACAACUGCGUUUGAUAACCUCAGUAAUUUACAGCCAAUGCUUUGCAGUUAAAGGCAAAAUAAAGAAAGAGGUAUUUUAACUUCCGAUAACUACAGUAUGUGGUCCUUGGUCCGGCCGGUUUUACUUUGUGAUGUAAUUUUCGGGAAGAAAAUAAGGUUACAAUACAAACGAAACUUUCCCAGUGUUUAUUGAUCUGUUUACCUUAAGCUCGAUUCGAGGUUUUCCUGGUGCUAGCGAAGGCUGGAAAAUCAAGUUAACGCGAACUUAGGUGAAUUUUGUUUUGUUGUUUGUGUCUUUUUUAUGGCGCGUUAAAUUACUUGGAUAUAUUUUGAAUUCACGCAUAUGCGAUUAAGUGCGUUAAGAAAGUUAAUUUUUGGUGUACACGGCGGGGAGCAAGGGAUGGCGCAGUGGUGAGAGCGCUCGCCUCCCACCAACGUGGCCCGGGUUCAAAUCCCGCUGUCGACGCCAUAUGUUGGUUGAGUUUGUUGUCGGCUCUCUCCUUUGCUUUGAAAUGUUUUUCUCCAGGUACUCCGGGUUUUUCCUCUCCUCAAAAAACAACAUUUCCAAAUUCCAAUUCGACCGGGAAUCAGGUAGAUGAAGAACCACUUUUUGGAUGUGCUACCUCCAAAUCAUUAUUUAUUUAUUGAAAAGAAUUGUUCUUUCGACUUGCAAAAAAAUUCGGUCGACAGGUUGAAAUUUAAAACCAAAGUUGUCUAUAAUAUUCCUAUAGUAAGUCCUUGAGUCCGCCCACCGGACGAUAACGUUUCGUUUAGUUCUUAGUAAAUUAAGAUUCGCGAACUGAAGUGAGGAUCUUUCAACUUUGAGUCACAUUUUAAGUAAAGCGCUCUCAAUAAGUGGAGUAAAUAAUAAAAACGGCAUGAAGCGUUCAACUUAAAUGUAUUGCUCGAGACUUUCCCAGUAGCACUGCACCUUAUUUAUUAAGUAAUGAUAUAGAAGGCCAUAAAAAGGAAGCUUAUAUCCGUCCGAUCGGUUUCAUUAGGGAGCUUUAGCAAAGACAAAAAAUUCAAGCGAUGGGUAGUUUUAGAUUUUUAAUGAGCAAAACAUUACUCUGCACGGACUGCACGUUUAUGAUGAUGCACGCUUUUCGGUCGCCGGAUUUCUUUUCCGUUGCUGUACGACUAAAGAUGAUGUUACACGAGACAGUUCGCAACGACCAUUUUUAGCGCAACACAGCGUUGCAACAUUGUUGCGACAUUGUUUUGAAUAUUUCCAACAUUUUUCCAAAAUUGCAACGCUGUGUUGCGCUAAAAAUCGUCUUUGCGUAUCGUCCCGUGUAAGAUCACCUUAAGACAUAAAAUUUCCCAGGCCCGCUUCCACGAAAGAUGAUUAAGUUUAACCCAGGAUCAAGCCAAAUUGUCAGCAUAGGUUUUCUAGUCUAAGAACAUGUAACUCGAGCUUACAAAGUACAUUCGCACAGAAGUGAAUAAUUCUUCAUGAGACCAAACUAUAGCUCUUUAAACAGAAAUCUCAUUUGGUUUCGAGUUUAAAAUGAUGCCUACAGAAAAUAUACGGAAUUUAGAUCAGUUGGUGCUUGGAACGCUUCUUUUUGCUUCUUGUUUGCAAGCCGGCUUACAAAAAGGCCAAGUGGCCGGACCAAGGAACUACUGGCCGAACCAGGUGCCUUCAAACGGAGCGGUCAUUUUCUAUGAUGCAGCAUUUUCGGCAAAGCUCAGAAGCAGUCGGUUUGUCACAAGUUAGUAAAAUGUUACGGCAACUUACAAGACAAAUACUCCUCAGUCUUCUAAGAUAAAUAUACUCAUUUAUGUCCUUUUCGUCCGGACAGAGGACCACAUACUUUAUUCUUUUAUGAUUCAAAGUAAUAAAGAAAAGAAUUAAUUGAAUAUUGCUAAGCACCUAUAGCAAGGAAAACCUUGAGAAAAGUUAAUGGUACCCUUUCAUCAAAAACUGCUGAAUCAGAUCUGAAAUGAAACGUAAGAUUUACUUUUAAGCAACUUGAAGGCUAUUGAAAAAAAAUGUUCAGUUAAUCGUGUUAUAUUCGAAGGUGGAAGUGGACGCAGGAUUCAAAUUUUCGACCUUCUUGGCUCAGUUGAAGGAAACCAUCAGGAGUAUUGACAUUCCUCCAAAUAUAGCAACAAGGAAGAAUACUCGAGGACCAUUCCUGUUCCAGUGUUGCCGUGUUGUCUUUAACAAGGAGACAAACUGCCUGGAAUUCCCCAAGCGAGAGUUUGUUUAUGCACGUGGAUGUAUUAGAAUCCCGCAAUGGAAAGAGGAGGAGGAGGCCGAGUACGAAAACACCGCAGUUAGCUUGGAGGAGGACGAGGAGAGUAAUUUGACUGGUUAGAUCAAAAUAUAAUUCUGGGUUUCUCACGUUCUCUCACAUUCGAAAAAAAAAAUAUGUAGUGAUUGGGUGCUUCCAAUGUCUUGCUGCAGAGGAAAAUGGGGAUAUCAGUUUUUCAGGAAGAGAAUUUUAACAGCUGCAUUAAGCUGAUGUUUAGUCGUUCUUUACAUGAUAUGAAAUAACAAUAUUAAUAUUAAUAAAGGCGAUAAACUAGCAUGUUUUAGUGAUUAGCCAAGCCUAAAAGCGAAGCUUCCAUUACAUACUUACAAGUACAUGUACAAGUAGGUCAGAAGAUAAAAUAAUACACUGUCGAAAUGAGGCCAGUUAUUACAAAUAAGAUUUGUGUCCCACUAGUGAGUCCUUUCGAAAUAUUAAGUGUUUUGCCAACAACGGAAAGUCACUCUUUAACAAAUCUACACUCAAAUAUUUUCUAUAUCGUAGAUUUUUUGACAACUGACGAUAUUGCGAAACUGGAGGACAUAAAGGAUUCAGUGUUGAAACCUACCAAGAACAGAGAGAAGCGUAAAGAACGGGUCAAAAAGUACCUGAAGUGGGUAAGAACAAUUACAGCAAAUAAUCAGUCACGUUCAAAUCAAUUUUCUUAAACCUCGAACCAAAUGAUUUUUUGGCGAUUUUUUUUUUCAAAAUGUUCUUAAGCACGAGUUUCGCCAAUUCUGCUUUCUAUAAACCAUUCCUAGGAAAAAUGUUUCGCGAAAACUUUGUUGACAAUCGGUUGCCAUGGGUACGAGAUGACUUACUUGAUAUGAAAUAUAAAUAUCUUUAAGCAAAAAAAAGCGGUUUUAUAAAUAAGUUAUUCAUGCGAAGAAAAGGCAAAUAUAAGAACGUCUAAUUGCAACAUAUUUUAGACUAAAAGAAGAAACGCACUUCUUUCGAGCACUUCACUAUUCUACCCCUCUCUAGAUUUUCAUCCGUCCUAAGGUUUCUUUGCGCCGUCCCCCUUAACACGCUUUCAAUAGGCAUUUGUGGCGAAAUUAUAGUCAACUAUUCCAGCCUCUAUAGCUAAUUUCAGUUCAGGUCUCAGCAGGCAGGUUCGUCAAAACGAUUUAAACUAUUUUGAGCAGGGGGCUUAAGUCUGCAACAGACUGGUAUUCACUCAGAGUGAGACUGCUAAGUGGAUGCUAUCUAGAACUAGACAAAAACUGAAACACUGACUGAAACGUUCGUCAGACAUCGCAAAUGCAACUUCUUGGGAAUACAUUGAGGGAGUACCGAGCUUUAAUUGCUGUCUAGGGGAUCGUUAGAUUAGCAUACGCUAUAAGUAGACUAACAACUGGCGUUUUCACUCAUUACUUUUCAGUUUGUUGAGGCGCUGUCGCUGUCAACAAGGCUACCAGCGGAAAAGAGAGUGUUGUCACUUGACAAGCCCAUCACCGAUGUUGACCGUGAAUUUCUACGAACCAUUUUUGUUCCUGCAACUAAGAAUAGUUCAACGCUGACUUUCCCGAAUUUUUUCAACGACGAAAAACUUCAGGGAUAUGCAAUUGUUUUGAAGAUUCUCUCUGGUAAGACAUGAAACUUGACACAUAUCAACAGGAGAAACGGACCACUGAACUCUUCUGAACUUAUGUCGUUAAAAAAGUAGAAGAUAUUUUUUUCAAACUGCAUCUGAAGAUCGCUUAUCGUUUCCACUGUUGUGAUGAAGGAUAAGUGAAGAAGGAAGAUUUAAGGGAAAAAACAUCGUUACUAUUUGUUUCAUCUGAAGAUCGCUUAUCGUUUCCACUGUUGUGAUGAAGGAUAAGUGAAGAAGGAAGAUUUAAGGGAAAAAACAUCGUUACUAUUUGUUUCACUAAUUAACAUAACUGAUCCUGAUUAUAAAUACGAUGGGGGAUCAGCUUAUCGCAAUUCAGACAAAAGGCUAUGAAAGGCCAUCUUAUAAAGAAUUAAGAAAGAAUAUUACGAUCACAUCCAGUUAGCCGCAAUCUGAAGUAAUGGUACAAUGGUCGACGAAAGAGUUUUAUAAGUGAAUUUAUUUUGAUGGUAACUGAGGUAGGAUUUUUAUCUAAGAUUUUAAGGUCCAGGAAUAAUAAAUUAUAAUCAUUUCUUUGAAAUAAAUUGAUUUCGGAUCACAGAUGAAGUUCAAGAGAUGGUUACAGUCUUCGCAGGGUGAGGGGGAUUUGAGUUUUGUUUAAUACUGGACUGUAGCAAUAUCUGAAGUUACUGAAUUGCAGAUUAAGUUUUCUUUCUCGAUGCACUCAACAGAUUUGUCGGAGGAAACCUGGGAUGAAAUUGAGAAAGCCUGGGCCGAGCAGGGAGAGCCUUCGGAGUAAAACAAAAGAAGUAGCUGAUUGUUUUCAGGAGCAAUUUGAGUUUGCAUCACACGAGUCAAUGUUGUAGUUGCGAGAUGUGACAAAUAUUUGAAAUAGUCCUUUAAUUGGAAGAUCACGUGGUUUCCAAUCAUUACCCCAGUAAGGGGAUUUUUUCAGUUGUAUCGUAAAUUUUGGUAAAACAUUUAAUACAAGCGAAAGCUAUCACAUAUGAAAACGCUCUAAACUUGGAGCAUCAGUGGUGAGGUUUUUGUUUUCAAAGUAUCAGUACUCCUACGGAGACUCAAAAUUUCCACAAGUUAGUACUUGUAAUCAAAUGGUGACGAGUGAAAUUAGGGAAGAAUUUCACGCGUGUUUUGUCCAAAUCCAAAUAAUUUCCCGAGCCUUUUGAUUACCAGUUGAUAUUAUGGAUGACGAAUUGCACUCACAAUCGUUGGUUUUGGAUAAAUUUAUCACGUUGAUUAUAGA